CAGGUAGCCAGGUAUGGUUAGGCGAGCACGAGCGCGCAUAUCGUUCAUCGACAUUGUGUCGCAAUGAGCUAGUGACUCACGAACGGACGGACGGACGAGAGAGCGCUUCGCGAAACGAUCGAUCGGACGGACAGAGACACGGUGGCGACUUCCUCUCCGGUGAAGACGAGCGACGAAGAAACGAGCGAGCGAGCGAGCGAGCGGAUGCGGCGAACGUGAGAGUGCGUGAGCAGAGGCCCGGCGUCAUGUAUCCAACGAGGAGCCUGCUGACGUCACUCGCGAUCGUCUUCUGGGCCGCGAGUACGAGGACACUCGCCGGGACGGCCGGCGACGCGGCGGUGAGCAUCGGCAAGUGUUGCGAGCCCGAGGAGAUCCUGAUGGACGACCGGUGCACGCCGCUGAAGGAGACCAACGAGACCAAGUGGCGGCCGGAGUUUGCCUCGGCUCCAAGCUCCAAGUUCGUCGAGCCCGAGUACGAGCUGAAGAUCGGCCGGCCCCGGUGCGCCUCCGAUGAACACCAAUGGCACGUGUAUUAUUACCCGACCGGGCCGGACCGCCUGGCGAUUUUGCCGUCCGGCGUGCUGCGCCACUACGUCGACCUGGCCAGAGGCAUGGACGAGAAACAGGAGGUCUACGGGGCGAGCGAAAACGACGAAUCCGAGAGCAUAUACCACGACUAUCAGUUCGGUCAUUAUUGCGCCGACAAGGCCGUGCUGAACGGUGAUGGCCUAGUGGCGAUGUACGCGAUGCUGUGCGUGCCGACGGUUGCCGUGCGUUGGUCCGACACGAAUUACCUCUUGAGGCACGCGGUCGAUCCCGCCUUCCACGCCAUAUCCAUGGCUUGCUACCUGAUAGUCGCGGUGGUCUAUUUCGUGCUGCCGCAGCUGCGCGAUCUCGUCGGUAACAUCAUCACCAGCAUGACUCUGUGCCUCGUGGCUAACCAGUGCGCCUCCACCGUCAGGAUAUUCACCGAGCUCGGCAAUCACGUCAGCUUCUUGAUCGCCGACACGGUCAUGUACGUCUCCCUGAUGGCAGCCUUCUUCUGGCUCAGCACCCUCGGCUACUACGUGUGGAACACGUUCAAGUCGCGCAACGUCUUCCUGAGGGUGACCGACGGUAAGAAGUACUGCUACUACUCGUCGUGGGUCUGGGGCCUGGUCGCGUGCAUCGCCGGCACCGCGAUGUUCGCCCACUUCGCAUUGGAGACGGACAAGCCCACCGUAGGCGGCAUGAGUUAUCCCGCGCAGGAGACGAUGGGCUGGCUCGGCAUCACCGUCAUGUUCAUGUGCAUCGCCUUCACCGUCAUGAUCGACCUCUGCCUCGUGCUGACCACGGCGAAUCGCAUCAAGCGGAUGAGCACGUACGGCCGGAUUCACCACAAGAUGAAGUACAGCUUCAGGAUGUUCGUUUUCUUGUAUGUGAUCAUGAGCGCCGGUUGGAUCUCGCUGCUGUUGUCGCAGCUCAAGUACGACGCUCUGGUGUACUGCCACAUCGUCGUGAAUCUGUCGCAGGCGUUGCUCGUGCUCUACGUCUGCGUGUUCGGCCAGCGCAGGGUCACGUUUCUGCUCGGGAAAACGUGCAACUGCUGCAAUUACGGUGACACCACCGAGGGCCUCGACUGGGGCGAGGAGAUGACGGCUAUCAAUGCCGGCUAUUGAUUCGUUCGAGUACGCGUACGAGGAAACAUUCCGAUCGCCGAAGCACGAGUGACGACGGUCGCGAUCGCGGUCGGAUUGAGAAUAUAUAUUCUUCGUAUCGAUCGUGUUCGAGAGCUCAUCGCUGUACACCUUUCGCAAGUUUUCUCGCAUAUAUUCGUUAGAUAUACACGUGUACGGGGUGAUCUGAGGAAAGACUUGUCUCAGAACGCGCGGUGCUCAGAAAGAAGCAGAUACACACACGCAUAUCUGAUCAACGCGAGUCGGAAGAAAAUACCGACUGAUCUUUUCGGGGAAAUGAAACGAUCCCCGAUUUUUGCCAAUACAACUCGCGUUGAUCGAUCGUUUUUUUCUCGUUGGUUCUUGCGAAGGCCGCGAGUGUGCUCCGACAUUCCGAGACCUUCCUCCAGAUCGCCCCGUAUGUCUUGAAACCAAAAUGCAUUCUUUGUAAAGUAUUAGUACCGAUCUACAAUAAGCCUUUAGUCCUUUAAUUCGGAGCAUCACAUUGUAACGUAAUUUCCAACAAAAGCGUUUCCAGCGCUACCGGACGUCGCAGUUCCAACGAGUCAAGCGUUGUCACGUCAGAAUUUACGUCACAUUUUACCGCCUGAAGCGAAAGGCUAAAGGUGUACAUUACAC